AUGCAGCAGCGACCCAUGCAGCAGCGACCCAUGCAGCAGCGACCCAUGCAGCAGCGACCCAUGCAGCGGACCGUUCCGGCUCUGGAGACUAGGAUGCAUUUUACCGUUCCCACUGCAUCCCUUGGACGGGUGCUUAACGUUGGGUCUGCCAUGUUUGGCCCGGGACAACUGGUCUCCACUCUGCUGCCGGCGGUUUUCCACCCCCCUGCAGCUCACUUCUUCCCCGCAUUCCCGACCCGACCUCAGAUUCUGAUCCCGGGACCCUUUAUUAGCUACGAGUCCCUGAGGGAUUAUCUGCAGCCGGAGCCGCGCAAGGAGGCCUUCCUCCUGGCCGCCAGGGCGGGCGGCGUGGGGACCACCCCCCCCUCCGAGGGCGCAGAUGAACAGAGGCCAGUGAAGCAGCGUCGCGCGCGGGCCAACUACAGCAGCUGGCAGCUGGAGGAGCUGGAGAAGGCCUUCGAGACCACCCACUACCCAGACAUCUUCAUGAGGGAAGCCCUGGCCCUCAGACUGGACCUCAUCGAGGCCAGAGUUCAAGUUUGGUUUCAGAACCGGCGUGCCAAGAUGAGGCGGCAGCUGAAAGUCCGGGGCCAGCUGGGGGGGCCUUUUGUGAAGAGAGGCGGCGAAGAAACGUCGGAGAAAGGCAGCGCGGCGUCGAACCGGCAGACGGGCUGUUCCGCCGAGCACCGGGCGGGACCGCAGGAGGGAGGGGGCCACCCGUGGACAAAAGCUGCGAGCGUGCACCCUGCGACCGGGAGGUCGGGGGAGUGGGAGGGGCCGCGGGGGCCGAGCCCCGAAGAGCUCCGCUCCUGCAGCAUCGCCAAGCUGAGGGCCAAAGCCAGAGAGCACGAGGCCGAGAUCCACGGCGCCGUUAACGUGUCGGGGGGCCUGGAGGGGGGGGGGGACGCGGCCACAGACGCAGGAAGAUGA